UUGCAGGAUGAUCACGACAAGCAUAAUUCUUCAAAAUUAAAGAAUUAUCGGGUUAAAGCCGUAGAGGACGAAAAGCAUCAAAACAAAAUUUCUAGUACAUCAUCAAAAAAGCACAGAGAAGGUUCUUCAAAAUAUGACCACCAUUCUUCCUCAUCAGGUAAACAUUCUACUUUGUCAAACGCAAAAAAUUCAAAAAGUCAAGCAGCUGAGGAACAAAUUCCCAAAUCGUCAGCAGCAGUCGCAUCUUCAAGUUCGGCUAUCAAGUCGAAAGCGGAAGAAGCAAAAGACAAACGUUACAAUUACUAUUAUGAGGAUGAUUUUGAAGAUUAUACGGAUGAUUUUGAAGAAGACUCAGGUGAAGAUGAGGAGACCAUUAAUUCCAAAAAAGAGGACUUCCAAGUGCGUAGGGAUGACCAUAACAGUGAGGAAAUGUUGCCUAAAAAUGCAAGCGACACCCCGCUGAUGCGCCGAUUAACACAGAGCAGAGACGUUAAGACAAAGAGUACUGUUAUUCGAAGACCAAGUCAGAUAUUUGGUCUGUUGAAUACUCCGUUUGACAAGGCUGCAAAUAGCCGCUACAACGCUUUAAAAAACCUUAUUGAAAUGGAAGUGGUACAAUUUGAAUUUGCUGACAUACCGCCAGUAAGCGAUUAUGAAUUCUAUCUUGAAAUGUUUGGUGACACGAAUAAAAUUCAGGUACAAACGCAAACCUAUGAUGAGAACUGCAAUCGAUUCGUACAGACGGAAGAGGAAGAAACAGAAUCAAAAUGGACGCAACAUCCACCAACAGACGAACGUGGAUGGGGUAUAGGCUCUACAAAACAAAAUGAGUUUACUUCGUUGGACCUCAUGGAUACAGAUGUUGAGUUCUACCGAAAACGAAACGUCGACAAGGAGAAGCUAAAAAAGUUUUUAGAUGUUGCUGGCGAAGUGAUGAUCAAACUUACGCAGCCUUCAUCUCACCGUCUAGCAAUUACCAACUUAAAACUAUCUUUACAAGCGCCGUUCAGCUUAGGAUACAAUCGUUUUUCAGUCGAAAAUCUUGCAUCUAAAUCGAAGGUUUCAAACGUUGUCUAUCAUCAAGGAACUUUGUUUGUUUCCUUUUUUGUUAAAGAGGGGAAGGCAAAAGAAAUUCCGGAAAGAACGAUGGUUGUACAGUAUGUAAUUGAUAAUCCAAGUAUUCCACAACGAUUGAUGACUUGUGAAAGUGAAGUGGCUUGCGGAUGCUAUGUAGCUUCAAAAUAUGGAGCUUUUUUUGUUGGCUUAAAGGAUGGAAGUUGCGUAGCUUUUGAUUUGUCGGAACCGCUACGUGUUUUUAAUACUGAAGUUAAUUGGCCGGGAGUCGAUGAGCCUUUCAAAUUGUGCACUCCAGCUUACGAUACUGCAUUUCAAAGUAUUAGCUCGGGCGAAGGCGAUGAUAUGAGAUCACCGGUAGUGGGAAUCAACGCAACGGCAAAUGCAGCUGAAAAGAAUAUUUCUUAUCAAGUGGCUAGCAUUAAUGAGAUGGGUACCAUAUUUGUGUGGACGAUCUCAGAAGCUGACAAGGUUAGCGCUGUGGUCGACCUUGGGCUCCGCCCGGGAGCAAGACUCAGGAUGGCCUUAACUUCAAUUAUUCGCCUUAGUGCUGCUGGUUCAAGUAAACUAACGGGAACUUCAACGCUGAAUGUUCGGUGUGUAGAGUACGACCAGAAUGAUCCAUUCCACUUUUACAUCGGCACGGACAAUAAAGUAAUAUUUAACUUUACCCGUGCAAAAGGCUGGAGUUAUACCGGUCCAAAAGCAUAUAGAACUCAAGGUCUACCAGUCGAAAUUUUGUGUGAAAGAUUUUCACCUUUUGAUGCCAAAAUCUUUUUGGUUGGUUUAUCAAAUGGUCAACUGCUGUUUUUCAAAAUUGAUCGUGCUCAUCCGUUACUGAAAAUAGAAAAUCCAGAUAACAAGCAAGUUCCAGUUACACAACUUGAAUUUUCACCAAGUGUUUGUACAGUGUUCUACGCAGUGUAUGCUGGGAAAAUGCUUUAUCAGUGGGAUUUGAACAGUGGAAAAUCACCAACCUUACGUUACGAUAUAGGGCAGCAGAAUUCGUCAACUUGUACGUGUACAGCAAUGUGGUCGCAAAAAAAUAGCGAAACUGAAUCCCAAGGAUUUCUGGCAUUUGGACUCAGAAAUGGAGAACUGCAAGUGCACGCCAUUAAGCCGGGGGCAAACAAAAAGACAUCCAAAGAUCUAUCAAGAAUAAUAACAGAUUUGAACGAAAAAACUUUAUGA